CAUAAGGCAUUGACACUCAUAAACUAUUAUACAAUGUAUCAACUUUUGAAGAUGGUCAUCACGUCUUGAAACAAUUGAGGAUCAAUACUCAUUCAACAAAUGUGGUUUAGUAGCAUUCACGUUCUUGACAACAUUAGUGACAAAACGAUGCCAAAAACUAUAUAUAGGAAUCUAACUCAAAUGAACUUAAAUUCAAAGCAGAAUCACAUUCCAAAACUAACAUAAGCUCAACGACAUCUUUUCAAGAAGAUGGCAAGCAGCCAACUUGUCCUGAUCUUUUCCUUGCUCCUUGCAUUAGCCUUUCCACUGAUAACCGCCUAUGACAAUGUGCGAACGAAGUCUGUAGAAAAGACUGCCCAAUUGGUGGUUGAAGGCAUGGUCUACUGCCAGAGCUGUGAUAACUAUGGAUCUUGGUCUCUGUCAGGAGCUAAGCCCAUUGCAGCAGCUAAAGUUAGUGUUAUCUGCAAAAAUUACAUGAAAAGAGUGAGCUUCUACAAGGCAUUUAAAACAGAUGAAAAUGGCUACUUGUUUGCACAGCUGGAUGGCUUCAAAAUGGGGCAUUCUUAUCUUGACCAUCCUCUACAUUCAUGCCGUGUAAAACUGGUCGACUCUCCUCUGGAAAACUGCGAUGUGUUCACUAAUGUCAACUAUGGAAUCACCGGUGCUCGACUCCGAUUUUUAGACAAAACAUUGAGGCGAAGUAAUUAUGAGGCUGUAAUUUAUGCUGCAGGCCCCUUCGCUUUCCGACCAGCUUACUGCCCUCCUAAGCCAGAAUAUUAAUUGAUUUCCACCAUGUACUUUUAUCUUUUGAUCUUUUACUCGUUUUAUGCUUUCCCAAGAGUCUUGAGUAUACAUUUUCAUUUUCUCUGUAAGCCAAUUGUGCAACAUUCUUCACAUUGCAAGCAAUAUUUUGCUCAUUUCCUAAUUGACUCUCCUCUCUCUCUCUCUCUAUAAGUUUGUACUGUAAGAUCUCAAACUUCAACAUAAAUAUGACCAAAUUAGAUGUGUCAGAUCCAUCUCCCAUGUCUCAAAAUUUAGUCAGGACGCAAUGGAAAACAAAACCAGUCAAAAAACUCAAACUCUCUAUAUAUUUUAAAAGAUAAAA